GUGUGUGUGGAGAACAGACACUGCUGGGUUUAGAGCAGCACAGGAAAAGGCAGAGUUCAGAUCGUGUUGGAGCCUCUAAGGUGAAGGCAGGCAGCUCUUCCAAACCUGUGAGAAUCCGGCUGCUUUCCUGGAUUGGUUUUUAUUUUUCCAUUCUGUGGUUGUGGAGUGUUGACAUCCUGCUUUGAUUUGGAGUGUGACGGUUCCCAGCGUGGCCUAGCCAGUGGUGCUUGUGGCAUUGGUGAGGUAAAGGUCUGCAUGCCAUGGGCUGUGUCUUCUCCCUGCCAGAGGACAGGAGAGAUGCUGCUGAGAGAGCACCCACCACAAGAGAGACCAGUUUCAUCGAGAAAAUGAAGAAAACAGGCAAGAACAUCAUUGUGUUCUACGGCUCCCAGACGGGCACAGGAGAGGAAUUUUCUAACAGACUGUCCAAAGACGCUCAGCGCUACGGCAUGAAAGGAAUGGCUGCCGAUCCAGAGGAGUAUGAAAUGGGGGAGCUAGCCCGUCUGUCUGAGAUUAAAAACUCCCUCGCCAUAUUUUGCAUGGCCACCUAUGGUGAAGGCGACCCAACAGACAAUGCCCAGGACUUCUAUGACUGGCUGCAGGAAAAUGAUGAUGAAGACCUCUCUGGACUAAACUACACUGUAUUUGCUUUGGGAAACAAGACAUAUGAACACUACAAUGCAAUGGGAAAAUACGUUGACAAAAGGCUGAAAGAACUUGGGGCCAAGCGCAUCUUUGACCUUGGUUUAGGAGAUGACGAUGGCAAUCUGGAAGAGGACUUUGUUUCAUGGAGAGAGCAGUUCUGGCCGGCAGUCUGUGAGCACUUUGGAGUUGAAGCCUUAGGAGAUGACUCAAGUAUACGUCAGUACGAGCUAAAGGAGCACACCGACCUCAACAUGAACAAAGUGUACACAGGAGAGAUUGGCCGCCUGAAGAGUUUUGAGGUCCAAAAGCCGCCCUUUGAUUCGAAAAACCCUUUCCUGGCCCCAGUCGCGGUCAACCGCAGACUCAACAAAGGCGGUAAUAGACAUCUUAUGCACCUGGAACUAGACAUAACAGGCUCCAAGAUCAGAUAUGAGUCAGGAGACCACGUUGCUGUUUUCCCCACAAAUGACUCUGCAUUAGUGAACAAGCUGGGACAAAUCCUUGGAGUGGACCUUGAUGUGGUUAUCUCUCUCAACAACCUUGAUGAGGAGUCCAACAAGAAGCACCCAUUCCCCUGCCCCACCACCUACCGCACGGCCCUCACUCACUACCUGGACAUCACACACCCUCCUCGCACCAAUGUCCUCUAUGAGCUGGCACAGUACGCCUCUGACCCCAAAGACCAGGAGAACAUGCGCAAGAUGGCCUCUUCCUCACCUGAGGGCAAGGCACUCUACCAGAGUUGGGUGUUAGGUGCCAGUAGAAACAUCCUCGCUAUCCUGGAAGAUAUGCCUUCUUUGAAGCCUCCCGUUGACCACCUGUGUGAGCUGCUGCCCCGUCUCCAGGCUCGCUAUUAUUCCAUCGCUUCCUCCUCAAAGGUUCACCCCAACAGCAUCCACAUCUGUGCCGUAGUGGUGGAGUACGAGACUGUGACAGGCCGCAUCAACAAGGGAGUUGCGACCAACUGGCUGAAGAACAAACUGGUCACCGACAACGGCCACAAGUCCACCGUACCCAUGUACAUCCGCAAGUCUCAGUUCCGCCUGCCCUUCAAAACCACCAACCCAGUGAUCAUGAUCGGCCCUGGGACAGGAAUCGCUCCCUUUAUGGGUUUCAUCCAAGAGAGGGGCUGGCUGAAACAACAAGGAAAGGAGGUUGGGGAGACAGUGAUGUUUUUCGGCUGCAGACAUAAGAACGAGGAUUAUAUCUACCAGGAGGAGCUGGAAGAAGCAGAGAAGAAUGGAGUUCUAACACAGCUUAAUGUUGCCUUCUCCAGAGACCAGGAGCAAAAGGUGUACGUGCAGCAUCUCCUGAAGAAAAAUAAGGAGCACAUCUGGAAGCUGAUUCACUCAGACAACGCUCAUAUCUACGUCUGCGGGGAUGCAAAGAACAUGGCAAAGGAUGUGCAGACAGCCCUCCAUGAGAUAGGAGAAGAACUGGGAGGCAUGACACGCACACAGGCCACCGAUUACAUCAAGAAACUGAUGACCAAGGGACGCUACUCGCAAGAUGUCUGGAGUUAAAAAGCCUCAGAACCAGCCUUAGUCUCACUAAAGUGUUGGUUUUAAAAAAAAUAUAUAUAUUUUUAUUGUGGGUCUUGUUUUUAUCAGGACUGAAUAUAAAAACCUUUAAAUACUUGUUCAUCACCCUGGUUCAUGAGAGCAAGCAGAAGCAGAUGAGGCAAACACUACCUCAGCACAAUUGUUGAUAAACACGUUCAGCAAUUUCAACAUUACAUUAUGUAUCUGGACCCAGUGUGUAUCUCCUAGGGUCCUCACUUGAGCCGUGGUCUCAGACCAAACAAUGGUUGCCCUGUCUGAUUUAUCCAAGUCUCUGAUAUGAAUUAUUGAAUUGACUGCAACUUAGUGCUUGGAGGUUGGGGGUAGUGCCCGCUGGCUUGAAAUUCCUCAAUCAAUCAUACAAAUGCAGCAAAGAUUCGUCUUCAUUUCAGAUUUAGUUUUGAUUAGCUUUAUUUUUACAUUAAUGAGUCAAUCAGAGCAGCUUUAUCAACUGAUGACGACUCGGGGGUGGGGCAGGGACUCACUGCGCCCCACCUCUGGAUGUACGCGAUAUAAUUCCAUUGCUUAAUAGAUUGUAGACGUAACCACAGCAGAUGAUAUUGGAUCGCAUAUCUAAGUGAAUAUAUAGAGCAUUGUGUGUUCCUGUUGCAGUGUGAACUCUGAGACGCUUUAGACAUGAAAGGGUGCUGAUCUUAGUGUCUCAGAGCUGAUCUUGUCGUACUUUUAAUAGUACUUAAAAUACAUUAAAUGUUUGAUGUAACGAACGGCAUCAUGGGUACAAUUAUGUUUUCCUUUGUAUUUUGACAAGGGAUUUUUCCUGUUAUGCAUAAUUUGCUGUUUAUUAAAUCAGUAACAGUAACCUUUUUAGAGGCACAAAAAGUCAUGCAAAGGGAGAGAUCAAUUCAUAGAAAAACAUGAUAGUAUGUGCAUUUUAUUUUAUGCAUUUAAACAUGAUGAAAAUGAAUUUGUAGGUACCCUGUAAUAAUUGUAAAAUGUCAUUUGAAAUAUUGGCAUUGAAACAGAGGUUUUAUUUUAUAUGCAUCUGAUGGUAGGAGUAUGUAAUGAAAUGGAAUGGUCUUGUUUUUUGUCCAAUCACAUAUGCACCACUACAUGGAGAAAAUGACCAGACAUCAAAACAUUUUGUCUCCCAGCAUCUGUCAGUCAGUGCUCAUCUCAGUACUUUUGUGUGAAUAUGGGGAGUUUGAGGUCAGCAAAACAGUUGAAGUGCAGCCUGUGCCUUUUUUUAACACUGCCUUAUGUAUUAAUUUAGCAUUUAAACCCUGACACUUAACUGUCUUUUUAAUAGUUAUUUUUUUCCAUGCUUACAUUGUGAUAGAAAGUGACUUCAUCCAGUACUGUCUCUUUUUUGUCCUUCCACUUUAUGAUGUAAUUAAUUGAUUUUAUCAAGGCAUGCCUGUUUUUAUGAAUAAAAUUGGAAUAAUUUGU